AGCCAAGCAGGAAAAGGAAAGCCAAGCAGGAAAGCGAAACCUACCAUAACUUUCGUUUCUUUAUCCGCUGCAUCCCUUCCUGAAGUAUCCGCACUUAGUUUCUGUCACACUGGAGUGGAGCAGCUGCUAUUGUAGACUCGUAACUGGCAAAACUCUUUAAAAAAACAACAUCGUUUAUUUACAGGAUUCCAGAAGUCAUCAUCAUGAACACUCUGAACCAACAGUAUGAGGAGAAGGUGCGUCCCUGCAUUGACCUCAUUGACUCUCUUCGCUCUCUGGGUGUAGAGAAGGACUUGGCGCUGCCUGCUAUCGCCGUCAUUGGAGACCAAAGCUCGGGGAAGAGCUCCGUGUUGGAGGCGCUGUCAGGGGUGUCUCUGCCAAGAGGAAGUGGCAUUGUGACAAGAUGUCCUCUCGAGCUGAAGAUGACGAGAAGGAAAGAAGGAGAGGAGUGGUACGGGAAGAUAAGCUACAGGAACUUUAACGAAGAAAUAGAAGACCUUGCAGAUGUGGAGAAAAAGAUUAGAGAAGCUCAGGAUGCAAUAGCCGGGGUCGGGGUGGGGAUUAGUGAUGAACUCAUCAGUCUGGAGAUCGCUUCUCCUGAUGUUCCAGACCUGACACUCAUUGACCUGCCUGGCAUCACCAGGGUGGCUGUAAAGGGACAAGAGGGUGACAUUGGAGAUCAGAUAAAGAGAAUGAUCCAGAAGUUCAUCAUGAAACAAGAAACCAUCAGCUUGGUGGUCGUUCCAUGCAACGUGGACAUAGCAACUACAGAGGCUUUGAAGAUGGCACAGGAGGUGGAUCCUGAUGGAGAGAGGACUUUGGGUAUCUUGACCAAGCCUGACCUGGUGGACAAAGGCACAGAAGAGACUGUGAUUGAAACUGUUCAUAAUGAGGUCAUCCACCUGAAGAAAGGCUACAUGAUCGUCAAGUGCAGGGGUCAGAAGGAGAUCAUGGAUAAGGUGUCUCUUACUGAAGCAAUAGAAAGAGAGAAAAACUUCUUCAACAAUCAUCAGUAUUUCCAGAUUCUCUACGACGAAGGCCACGCCACUGUUCCUAAACUGGCUGAAAAACUCACACUUGAGCUGGUGCAGCAUAUCCAGAGAUCUCUGCCUCGACUGGAAGAGCAGAUAGAGACGAAACUAAAACAUAUUCAGGAAAAGUUGAACAAAUGUGGCAAUGGACCCCCACCGGAUGCAGCUGAUCGACUCGAUUUUCUCAUUGAUAGAGUGACAGCGUUUACAAAGGAUGCCAUCAGCCUCAGCACAGGGGAGGACCUAGAAUCUGAAAGCAUGCUCAAUCUCUUUUCCGUACUCAGAAAAGAGUUUUCAGAAUGGAAAGAUACUAUUGAGCGCUCUGGAACAAAAUUCAACCAGAAUAUUGAGAACGAGGUGGCUCAGUAUGAACAAAAGUACCGUGGAAGAGAACUGCCAGGGUUCAUCAACUACAAGACCUUUGAGGGCAUGGUCAAGAAGCAGAUCAAACAGCUGGAAUGGCCUGCUGUCCUGAAACUCAAGGAAGUGGCAGAAAUUGUGAAGAAAGAGUUGUUUGAGUUGGCACAGCGCAUCCUUGUUGGAUUCCCCAACCUCAUCCGGACAGCUAAGGUGAAGAUUGAAGCCAUCACAAAUAAGAAGGAGACUGUAGCAGAGUCCAUGCUGAGGACUCAGUUUAAGAUGGAGUUGAUUGUUUACACUCAGGACAGCACAUACAGCAAGAAAUUAGGCAAGAGGAAGAGGGAAGAUGAACUUGUGAAGACCGUCAGCUUUAUGAGCUAUGGUAACAAUGUGGCCAACCUGAAAGAAAUGAUGAAACACAUUAAAUCCUAUUACCAAAUUGCCGGACAGCGUCUGGCUGACCAGAUCCCGCUGGUGAUCCGCUACCAUCUGAUGCAGGAGUCUGCCGUCCAGCUGCAGAGGGAGAUGCUGCAGAUACUUCAGGACAAGGAGAAGACAGAGUCCUUGCUUAAGAAGGACUCUGGCAUAAAAACAAAGAGACUCGCCCUUGAGAAAUGCCUGAAGCGCCUGUUACAGGCACGCACUCUGUUGACUGACUUUAGUGUGAACAUUUACAACUUCAACCAAGGCCGUAGUCUCAACACUGGUUGGGGCCCAAUUGAUUUCUCUCAGUCACCGAUAUAUUCACCAACUUCUCCUUCCUACGCACCGUUCGGUAGGAACUCAUUUGAGUGUUAGUCGCAUAAGAAUGGGACAGCCCAUAUUGUUUUUGUCACUCAAGCUCUCCCAACACCUCUGAUGCUACCAGCAGUCCAAGAACAGUCUUGACCCUGGGGGGGGACCAUUGGCCCAUGUGCUAGAGUCUGAACCAACUGAGGGCAUUUCCUCCAAACACAGCCUCAUGCCUAAGAACAUCAACAGCUUGGACAAGCACUGUCCACCAAGUGGAGCAUAGAGCUUUCACUGUUUUAGUAUGCCCCUCUAAUAUUGCCUGUCCAGCCAAUAGCUCCUGAUUGGAUGCUUAGAGUUCCAAGUUUAUGGACACACCGCAAUGUGUCACGUACUAGAGCAGAGGCACUGCAAGCACAAUGUGUUAUAAGAUUCACACAAUGUGUACCACAAUGCACAUACAGAACCAAUGGGUGUUCAUUCUUCAACACUGCCUGUGCCCCUGAGCACUUCCCUGCAGUGUUCGCGGCGCCUUCAUACGUUUGACCUCGAAAGCCAUAAAUUGGAAUAUUCAAUCUCAAGAGCACAUCGAUAGCUAGUUUAGCUAUCUGCUCACCAGGUGCCCCUUGCACCUUGUAUAAUCCCCCAAAGACUUCCUGUGGCACCAUGUCUGGGUCCACAUACUGUAACUAAAAAAUACAAAAUUAGUUAUUUUCACAGUAUAUCCUGAGUGUCAUCCAUUAUAACUGAAAACAGAACCACUAGUAAGGACCUGAUUGUUGCUGCAAUGCCAAAAAAAACCAUUGAAUUUUAAAGGUUAUAUCUGCUGAACAUCCUAGGACUAACUUUAUUUCUCAUGCCUCCCUAUAAUUCCAAACUAUAAUUCAUAAUUAGGACCUUAAUAGAAGUCAAUAGCACCUCUGAUACAGGCAGCUAACAGCUAACACUAGCUCUGCUUUCUGAAAACCGUCACGUUUUCAGAAUUUUAGCAUUGACUUGGUACCGAUGUAUGGAUUUAGACUGGUGCAGUGCAGGCAAUAGAGGGUCAUCUAAAGAGUCUACAUUUAGGCUCAUGCUUGAGUUAUGGACUUACUUUGUCAGCACACUCAUCAGCUCUUGCCUCCUCCGUGUCUGGCAGUAAAUUCGAUAUUUGAACGUGACGUAAGCAUUCAGAUAGCCCACUUCCUUUCAGCCAAUCAGAUGCUAGCAUGCCUAAAUUGGUCGUCUUGGAGACUUUGGUCACAUCCGAAUUAGACUUCACUCCGAAGACAAUGUGAAUUAGUUCCAGUUAUUGGUUGGGACAUUUCUGUUCUCCAAAAAAUAUUGGUAGAGACAUGUCCAUAUGCAAACCUACGCCCUUGACCUUAACACAACACAACUGCAGUGCAAACUUCAAAACCGCACUAUUAAUAGAAGUUGCUGAAUUAUCACAAUCUUCACAUUUAUUUUCUUUUGCAGGUUUGGUAUGUUUUUUGGAUAUAUUAUUUUACUUUUUAUUAAUUUUGCUCACAUUUCAUAAACAAUUCCAGACUUAUAUUUCAUAUUAUCACUUUUACAUUACUUCCUGAAUCACAUGCAUACAGCAGACUAUAAAAGGCUUUUUUAAGUACAGAUGUAACUUAUAACAUUAAUGUAAUAAUGAAGGCUCAUUUCCAUUGGAGGGUUCCAGUGAGUCAUCAUGCCAAGAGGGUCCAACAGGGGGGAGCUGUUCUACUCUUUUAUCAUAUUUUAUUUGUCUUUUGAAGCACUUAAAUUAAUAUAAUAUUAGAUAACAAUCUAAUAUUAUAUUAAUUUAACAAUCCACAUGCUUUAGUAUUCCUUUUAGUGUUCAAGUUGUGAAUGAAACAUUUAGCAAAGUUAUCUUAUAAAUAUAAAAUUAAACUGGUUGAUUAGUUAAGUGCUAAUGAUGACAAAAUAAACUACAACUGUAAAA